UAUGGAGUAUGGAAUUAGUCUUCUUCAGAGAAAGAAAGCUCUUGUGUCCAAAUCAUAAGAGUGCCAUCAAAACCUAAUAAAUUUUUUUGAUCCACUUUGAAGCAAACUUGCAGGAAUUCCUUUUUAACUAAGCUUGCUUUCUUGCCAAACAUUGCCAACUACUAAUCCAUCUCAAGGCUUGUUUUGCUUUGCUUAAUUAAGCUAGCUUGGCUUUGUUGCCUGUCCCAACUCCCUCUCAACCCCCAUUUCUCUUCCAACCUGAAAAUCUGAAAUGUCAGCCAUGUCUGGUGUGUGAGCUAUUCUUCCCUCAAAUACUCAACUCAAGAACACAAGCAAAGUUAAGGUCAGUGUGUGUCUCAUUGAGGCGGCAAGGAGGAUAGGAGGAAGAAGAAGAGGGAGGAGAUGAAGGGGAUGGCUGGGCCGAAGCUGCUCGUCGUGCACCCGGCGUCGAACAAGCCGAUGGGGUAUGGUGGGGUGGUGUCGCUGUCCGGGGCGACGUCGCCGGGGUCGGCGGCGUCGCCCAUGGCGUUUCUUGGCUCCGGGCGCUGCUGCAUCUGGCUCGUCGUGGUGCUCGCGUUGUUCACCUGCGUGUCCCUGCUCACCGUCUUCUCCACGGCGCGCGCCGCGUCGGAAGGGGUGGUGCUGCCGCAGCGCGUGACGCUCAACGUCGGGGCAGCCGCCGGCGCCGGCGCCGCGGCGGGGGCGGGGGCGGGUGGGCUGCCGGCGUACGUGUUCGACGCGCUGGUGCAGUACGCGGCGGCGGCGGGGAACGCGACGGCGAGCAUGCCGGAGGAGGACGUGCGCGCAAUCGCGUCAGUGCUCCGGCGGCGCGCGCCGUGCAGGCUGCUGGUGUUCGGGCUGGGCGCGGAGACGCCGCUGUGGCGCGCGCUGAACCACGGCGGCCGGACGGUGUUCCUCGACGAGAACCCCUUCUACGUGGCGCACCUGGAGGGCGCCCACCCGGGCCUCGAGGCGUACGACGUCUCCUACGCCACCGCCGUCCGCGAGUUCCCCGACCUCCUCGACGCCGCCCGCGCCUCCCGGUCCGCCGACUGCCGCCCCGUCCAGAACCUCCUCUUCUCCGACUGCCGCCUCGCCAUCAACGACCUCCCCAACCAGCUCUACGACGUCUCCUGGGACGUCAUCCUCGUCGACGGCCCAAGCGGGUUCACGGAGGGGUCGCCGGGGAGGAUGGCGGCGAUCUUCUCGGCGGCGGUGAUGGCGCGGACCAAGGGGGCGGAGACGGAGGUGCUGGUGCACGACUACCAGCGGGAGGUGGAGAGCGCGUCGGCGAGGGAGUUCUUGUGCCCGGAGAACCGCGUGGAGACCACCACCACGCCGUCGCUCGGCCACUACGUCGUGCGCGGCGCCGCCGCCGCCAGCCAGAACACCUUCUGCGGCGGCGACAGCUCGCCGACCACCAAGAAGGCCAACUAAUGAUCACUGGCCACGACGUUCUCAACUUCUCAUCUUCUUUUUUUCCCCCGGCCGAUCUCUUCUCGACUUCUCAUGUAUUUUGAUCGACGGAUGCCUCGAUGACUACAAAUUGUGAUUAAAAUUUGUAAUUGAGCAGAACAUCGAUCUCGAAAGAUGAAUGUAAUGUGUUAGAGCAAAUAUAAACGGAUAUUAGCUGCAAUAAAUAUAGCAGCUAACAUCAUACAUCUUAAUAA